GUCGUGCCCGAGGGCCGGGAGGGGCGCGGCGACCGCGCUCGGGGCGGAUAAAAGGGCCGCGCGGGGCCGGAGCCGUUUUCUGAGCGCGGGGCCUGCGGCGCUCCUUGCCGGCGGGCGGCGCGCACCUGGGGCCACCGCACCAGGGCCGGACCGGCCGGGCGCACCGAGGCGGAGCGGGGCGCACCGAGGCAAACGCGCCGAGGGUGGGGGCAUGGAGGCAGCCUCGUGCCCGCCGGCGGCCAGGCCGAGCCUGACCUCCAUCUCGUCGGGGGAGCUGCGCAGCCUGUGGACGUGCGACUGCGAGCUGGCCCUGCUGCCGCUGGCGCAGCUGCUGCGCCUGCAGCCCGGCGCCUUCCAGCUGCGCGGCGACCAGCUCGUGGUGCCCGGGCCGGGGGAGCCGGCGGCCGCGCGCGGGGGCUUCAACGUCUUCGGCGACGGCCUCGUGCGCCUCGACGGGCAGCUCUACCGCCUCAGCAGCUACAUCAAGAGAUACGUGGAACUGACCAACUACUGUGAUUAUAAAGACUACAGGGAAACUAUAUUGAGCAAACCAAUGCUCUUCUUUAUUAAUGUACAGACCAAAAAAGACCCCUCAAAAGAAAGGACGUAUGCGUUUCUUGUGAACACAAGGCACCCCAAGAUAAGAAGACAGAUAGAGCAAGGGAUGGACAUGGUCAUUUCCUCAGUGAUUGGAGAAAGCUACCGGCUUCAGUUUGAUUUUCAAGAGGCGGUAAAGAAUUUUUUCCCUCCAGGAAAUGAGGUGGUUAAUGGAGAAAAUCUGAGCUUUGCGUAUGAAUUCAAAGCGGAUGCAUUAUUUGAUUUCUUCUAUUGGUUGGGGCUCAGCAAUUCCACUGUAAACGUGCAUGGAAAAGUUCUGAAUUUGUCAAGUACAAGCCCAGAAAAGAAGGAAACAAUUAAAUUAUUUCUGGAGAAAAUGAGUGAACCUUUAAUCCGAAGGAGCAGUUUCUCUGACCGAAAAUUCAGCGUAACUUCCAGAGGUUCAAUAGAUGAAGUUUUUAACUGCAAUCUGUCACCCAGAUCAUCUAUGACAGAGCCUCUUUUGGCAGAAUUACCAUUUCCAAGUGUUCUGGAAUCCGAGAAGACACCCAACCAAUGUAUCUGAUUGGACUGAACAUUUUGCAGUUACUCCUGCACUCCAGGCCUCUGCCAGAACUGAGGGUCGAGGGGACUAGCAGGGGUGGGAGGCGGGCACUUCCACCUGCCUGUCGAUCCCUCUGCCCCUCCCUGGAGUCUUCCUUGGCUGUGGGUGAUGCCCUGGCAGGCCCGCUGCAGCUGACUUCAGGAUGGGGGGGCUUCGGCCUCAUGGCCUGGGAGGUAUCCUCUCCUUUUAACACCUCUCCAAAGAGGCAGAGGGGGCGGCAGAGUCCUGCUACCCUGAGUGCUUUGCUUAGUACCCUGGCGUCCUGGGAGUUUUCCUGGCAGCUCUUACGGGAGCAAUCUGACCUUCAUAAAUCAGGGUUUGGCCCUCCGCUUGGGACAUCCUUGUCUGAACUCAAACCCAGCAAGCAUGGGAUUAGCAGUGCUGAUCUCUUGCACACCUGGCUGGGCGAAAAGCCAAGGAUGUCUUUCACUGGAAGGCAAGCAUGUUCCUCAUCCUGCCCAUAGGAUACCUUAGGAGAAACAUUGGAUGUAAGGGCUGUUGGAGGAUUGGUCAGGUUGAUAGGAUGGUACCUCUGCCAUCCACUGCCUGAAAUUUCAACUCCCUUGGCCUCCCUCUUAACAAAGUGGCCUGUGUAGAAAGAGGCCAGGCGAUGUGGUAUCAAACAGUGACCGAGGAAGGAUAAUGUAUACGGCAGUGUCCUCUUUAUUGAAAGCACAUUAUGUCAGUUGGGUAUUUUAAAUAAGCUUUUAGCAAUCCUAACACUAAAAGCAAAAUAGAAGAAAGCUAUAACAUUACCAUAAUACAUUGUUACAUCAAUACAUUUUUCAUCCCAUAGCUACAAUGGAAUUCUUCAAAAAGGAAAAAAAAAAUCAUCCUAUCUACAUAUAAGAACCUGCAUGAAUGAAUUGCUGCAUAUGCUUAUAAUGAGGAAGAUUUAUAGGUCCUAAGUAUAAUUUUUCUAUUCUUUUUAAAAAUGUUCCUGUAUUAUACAUUUUGAUAGCACUACUGAUUGUCCUUUCAUUUAUAUUUGAAACGUUAUGUACUAUCUUUGUGCAAUUAAAACUUUUCUUCACAUUCAA